CUUGUAACAUUUUUGGGUCAAUGCCAACCAGGAACUCAUCAGUGUGACGCAUCCGUUCUUUUCUCUGAGAUCAAGCUUCAGAUAAACAGGAAAGAUCAGAUCAUCUGUGCAUUGGAACAGCAGCUGAAGAUCUGGAAACAGAGACCGACUGAGGAAAAAUGGUGUAGCUUUUACCUUCCAGCAGGAUCAGUGUGGAAAAAUCCCUCAGGUAAAAAUGGCAACAUCACCAGUUACUGAUCUGAGGAUUGUGCUUCUUGGAAAAAACGAAGAUGAGGAAACAAAACUCAGUAAUUUCCUGACAGAAAAAAGUCCUCAUUCUUCAAAGAAAGUAAAGUCCUUUGAUGUUAUUAAUGGAGAAUGGAGUCAAAAACCUUUCACCCUGAUAAAGUCAGGUGGCAUCCUCAGUCUGCCUGUGGACAGAGUCAGUCAAGACGUGAAGACGUGUGCAGCUCUCUGCCCUCCUGGACCAAACGUCCUGCUGCUGCUGGUCAAGCAAUCAGACUUCAACGAGUCCAACAGACAGAACCUGAACUUUGUCCUGAGCUUCUUUGGGAAAGAAGUCUUUAACUAUGCAAUAGUCAUCACAACUGAAAAUGAUCAGCGAUUGAGGUUUUCUGUGAACCAACUUGAGAGAGAAUGUGGAAAAAGGACUCACAAUGUAAAUUUGGAGGAAACUGAUUUUUCUGCCGAUGAUCUUGAAGAACUGAUGAACAAAAUGGAGAAUUUGGUGAGAAAGAACAAAGGACGAUAUCUAACCUUUUCUGGAGACAUGGAUCCUAAGGAUCGCCCUCGACCUGUAAAAUCCCCACUGAAUCUGGUCUUAUGUGGAAGACACGCAGUAGAGAAAGCUUCAGUAGCUCGCGCCAUCCUGGGAGAAAAUUAUUCUGGUGAUUCAGAGGUUAAGAGAAAUCAGGGAACUGUCUGUGGGUUUCAGGUGUCCAUAAUGGAGCUGCCUGCUCUGUAUGGCAGACCGAAGGGAGCAGCGGUGAAAGAAUGCCUCCAAUAUGUUUCCCUUUGUGACCCUGAAGGCAUCCAGGCCUUCAUUCUGGUCCUCCCAUUGUACGGCUGUACUGAGGAAGACAAGAAGGAGCUGGAAGCCAUCCAGGAAAUCUUCAGUUCGAGAAUCAAUGAUUUCACCAUGAUUCUUUUUACUAUGGAGAAAGCUGAUGCAAAUUCUGCAGCCCUGAAGUUUCUGAGGGAAAACAGAGACAUUCAAGAUCUCUGCCUUAAAUGUAGGGAGCGAUAUAUGGUCUUCUACACAAAGAAACAGAUAUCUGAAGUGCUGCUAUGUGUCCAAACAAUGACAAGAUUAGGAACAAGAAGUUUUACUAUAAAUAUGUUUCCCAAGCCAGCUGUAGUGCAAAGGAGAACAACAUUUCACUCUGGGACCAAUUUCAGCAAGUACAGACCGAAUCCCCAGAAGGUGCCGAGGAUCCAGCGACCAAUCAGGGUCCAGGUUCUACCAAAUGACUCUGAAUCAGGGAUGAUACAGAACCUCACCAUAAACCAAAACCCAUCCAUGCUGCAGAGUGAAGGGCCUCUCCGUAUGGUGAUGAUUGGGAAGACUGGUUGUGGUAAAAGUGCCACUGGAAACACCAUCCUGGGCAGGAAAUGCUUUUCAUCAAAGGUUUCUCAAGAAUCAGUGACACAAGUUUGUCAGAAAGAGACAGGAGAGGUCAAUGGUCGUCCGAUUGCAGUGGUGGACACACCAGGACUGUUUGACACAUCUCUGUCUAACGAGCAAAUUAAACAGGAGCUGAUAAAAUGCAUCAGCUUGUCGGCGCCCGGACCUCAUGUCUUCUUACUGGUCCUGCAGAUCGGACGCUUCACGCAGGAAGAAAAAGAAACCGUGGAACUGCUCAAGGAUUUCUUCGGAGAGAAGUCAGUGAACUUCAUCAUUGUUGUGUUCACCAGAGGAGACGAACUCAGAGAUCAGACAUUUGACAGUUACUUAAACGAAAGCAAGGAAUUUGUCAAAAAGCUGAUCACUGAUUGUAAGGACAGAUAUCACGUUUUUAACAACAACGACCAAGAGAAUCGAUUCCAAGCUACAGAGCUGCUAGAGAAAGUGGAGGCAAUGCUAAGGGAAAAUGGUGGUGGCUACUACAGUUCACAGCUCUUCAAGGAGGCAGAGGAAGCCAUACAGAAGGAAACCAAGAAGAUACUGACAGAAAAAGACACUGAGCUGCAGAAAAAGAAGGAAGACCUGAAAAAAGAAAUUGAAGACAAAAUUCAAAAUCAAAGAAAGAACGGAGUCACAAAAUCACAACAACUGGCCAAGUCUGAUCAAGGAUCAGAGGAGAGCGCCCAACGAGUCAAGGAGACGGAGGAGAAUUUUAUGAGGGAGGAGAAGAAGAUGAAGAUGGACAGAAGAAAAAGAGAAGAGGAAGAAGAGGGGAAGAAAAAGGAAGAUGAGAUGCAAGAACAUGAGUUUGAACAAAUAUAUGAAAACCUGCAGAAGAAACAGCGAUUGAGCAAAGUAUUUGCAGAGAGGGCUUCAUUCGCACAAAGCAGGAAAGACAUGACAAAAGAAAGAGAAGCUUGGGAACAAGAAAAGAGGGAAUGGUGGGAGAACAGAAAUCGUGAGGAGAUACAGAGGCAAGAAGAUGAGCAGAAACGACUCCAAAUGCUAAGAGAAGAAUAUGAAGAGGAAAAGCGUAGAUAUGAAAUAAAAAGCAGAGAAGAAGAACAAAUCCGGAGGGAACAAGAGGAAAGCGAAUGGAGAGAAGCAAGAGAAAUGUUUCGCAAGAAAAUGGAGGAAUUAGAGAGGAGAAAUUAUGAGGAUGCUAGAAAACAAGCAGAAGAAUCCAAUGAUUUCAGGAACAAGUAUACCCGCGACGCCUCGGCUGAGAUGGAAAAAACUGAGAAAGCAAUAAAAGACAUGAAGCAGAGGGAGCAGAAACAGAAAGAAAAUGAACAAAUUAUGAAGCAGCUGGCGACAAAGAAAGCAUACCAGAAAAGUUUCGACAAGCUGUUGAGAAAACAUGAUGAAGAAAUAAAAAUGCUGAAAUCAUCGCUUUGCUUCCACAGUGAGACGUUCAUCCACAACAGAAUAAGGGAGCAGAAGGAAAUCCAUCAGCAGGAAAUAAACGUGUGGAUGCAGGAGCAGGUGAAAAAGGCUGCAGAGAAGAAAAUCUGCAGCAUUUCAUGAGAUUAUUAUUGUGUCCUCAAGACAAGGGAAAUGUUACUUUUUACUCAUUUAUACAUAAAUGCUUUUAUUUCACUGGACAGACAAAAUGUGUAACAGGUUUAAAUUUACAUUUUUAGGAUGAUGGGAUUUUAAUCACACUUUCAGUGUAGAUUUUAACAAACAUUGUGAAGAUUUGACAUUUUUAAUAUCUUGUUUUUAAUUGUUGCACAAGUGAAUCACAAUUGAAUGAGUGAUAUUUUAUAUCAUGUACAAUCCUGUUUGCAACGUAUCAAUGAGACGAGAUGAGAAUCAAUGAGAAUAUGUAACUAAUAGUACAAUGUAAGUACAGUUGGUGAAAUUUUAACCGUUUAUUAAAUUGGUUGCAAACAAUCACAGAAGACUUUUGUUUAGACUAAAAGAGGUAAAGAAAGUUUCUGACUGAUAGAUUUUACUGAAUGUGUAAAACGUUGAGACUGUUUGGCCUGAAACUCUGAGCAUCCAGUUUGACUGGUUUGUCAGAAGGAUUUCCUGGAAAAGCCAGCAGAUCCGAUUACAACAUGCAACGUUUGUGUAACGAACAUUUUACAGGAUUUACAGGUGGAUCUAUUAAUGGGACUGAUUCUCAACACAAAGGAAGGAAGUGUAAUGGAUGAGGUCGCUCCACCUCAUGUACAAAACUAUGAACUUAUGUUGGUGCUUGAAUAACUUGCAUGUUUUCUGGGUCUGUGUGUGAAUAAAGAGAAAAUGUCAAAAGAAGACAUAUUUAAUAAAAAGCAACUGCUAAGAUGUGGCACUUGUGUUCUGGCUCCACGGUCUAUAAUGGUACCAACUACAGGCACCUUUACUAGCUUCAGGACAUCUAGAUAUUUAAUUUGGUUCAGGUAUUAAGGCCUAUCUUUAUCAGUUCAUUCCUUUCUUGUGGUCUGGUCUUUCUGCUUUUUCCAUUGGUCGUAGAUCCUUUGGUUUCUCCUUCAGCUCUGUCUGCAGUUAUUAGUCACUUUCCAUCAGUUUCAGUGAUUCUACUUCUGUCUUUUGUUAGCUUGAAGUCUUCAAAUAUCAUGCCAGACAUGAAUAACAGCUAUAUGGCAUGAUUACUUGUCACUGACCUGAAACAUCAGCAAAGAAUAUUAUAUGUGAUAUUUUUUAUGGUUUGUGCAAAAACCUGUUGCAAUUUGUUGGACUUAAGUCAGUGUUUGGUUUUCUUCUUUCCAAUAGCAGUUGUUAUUUUCUUGUUAUUUUCCAGUAAAAACAUUGCAGCCUUAGGUAAGAAACACUGUAGUAACUAGAGGGUGGUAUGAAUAUACAGGAAAACAAAGACAUUAUCACAUUUAUUAAAGCUACAGUAUGCCACUUUUUUACAUUCAUAUUUGUUAAAAACAUUUACUGUGUACUUAAAGUCGAAGAUGAGAGAUAAUCUAUGAAAAAAAGAAUCUCCCUGCCUCUUCCUUGUGUCCCUCUAAUAGCAUUUAGAGAAAUACUGUGUUUCCAAACCAAUACCAGCCAAUCAGAGCCAGGAGGCGUCUUUACUCUGUGCUGUUGUGAAAACUGGAGGUGAGAUUUUCCCAGGUUCCUGCAGAAAACAGAUCAUAAAGGCCUAAGAGACUGAAAUAAUCUUGCAUGUUGUUCUAAUGAUGAUUAUUGGAUAGGUCAUUUUUGUGUUUGGAUGUACUGAUGAUUAUAAAGCAUGUCAUUUCUGAUUUUGAUUGAUUUAUUGAUGAUUACAUAAAAGAGUCUUGAUGUAAUAAAAAGCAGAUUAAAACAGAAAUAAUAUAAUGGAAAAUUAUGAAUUACAAGUUUAUAAUAGUAUUUAAAUUAAAUGAUUAAUAAAAGCAAUUAUGUUGAAGAAACACAUUAAAAGAAGAUCGUGUUUGAUCAUUUAUGGUAAUAUAUAAAACAGACAAAAUUGUAACUGAUAUAAUCACAGUGUGUAAGGCAUAGGGAGAUGUUGGGGCACGUAGAGAGUAGAGGUAUGUAGAGAAUAGGAGAAUGUGGCAUAGGGGAAUGUCUGGACAUGAAAAAGAAAGUGAAUCGAGACAAACAGAACAACAGGAAGGGAAUAGUGUGUUCCGAGGGAGCGGUCUGGUUCCAUCUCCCCAUACACAACAAUCGGAUGGGGGAGAAAAAAGAAGAGGGGUUCUUCGUCUCCGGUGUGAAGUCGAGCUAACAAGAAGAGGCCGACAGAAGACCAGCAGAGAACCUGGAGCCAAAGGGAGGUGAAGACUUCGCACAGACAACACCCAUCGACCCUGAGCCCUGGUUUCUGAUUCGAACGCCUACUCUGCGCUCAACCAACCCAAAGGUCUCAAGGUUACUGCAACAGACUUGGGGAUUAGACAAAGGUCACAUGAAGAUCUGAGUGUUUGGAAGACAACAACCAGCUCUGCUUUACUUUUAUUCAAGAGAGGAUUUGCCAUACAAAGACAGGAGUUUGACCAAGGACAGUGAAGUUUUCUGUUGCCGAGAUCGUCCAUCAUCUGGGUAUGAGUUGAACCCGACUCCAAAGCCUCGAUCAGUAAAUAAGUGACACAGUUUAGGGAAAGAAGUUAGGAAGUAUUAAGGUGAUUUUACUUAAUUUGAUUUUUAUUCUUAGUAUGUGAUCAUUGAUAAUUAAUCUGUUUUCACUUACCCCUGCUAAACGCAUGCUGAAUAAAGAUGCAUUAAAAUUCUAAUGAGAUUUGUGGAUAGUGAAAUUAAUUGAGACAUCUAUUGAUGUUGGUUCCUCUAAAUAGCGUAAAACCCAUGAACAUGAUUCUAGAAAUGUGGUGGCCUCAGAUUUGGCUAAUGUUGAACCACUGAGCAUUAUGUAGUCUGUAACAAUACACGUUGUUGAUAGGGAGAGAGCUAACGUUAACUGGAGUGGUUAUUGAAGUUAUGCAGUUGUGAGGGCGACUCAACUGAUUGCUUCUUCUUAGCUGAAAAGGGUCAUAGCUGUUGGAUUGUAGGUAGUUAGAGCUAGAUGAAUUGCUCUUGACACCACCUUAGACAGAUUAUCUCUCUUUGACGGACAACUAGUCAGUAAUCAGUCCAUGGGAGUUGUAAGGUUUAGGGCGGGGCAGGCUAUUGCGCAAUAACAGUGCUCAGUUCACUCCCACACAGUAGCACACCCAGCUGGAGGUGUGCUACUGUUCCUGUGCUAAUGGCAGAGAAACAAACGAACCUUACAAGGAAAUGUCUAAUUUCUUUUUUCUGUCCAAAAACCAAGACAGAAACAAUAGAAGGCCCAAGAUGAAAGUCAAGUUAAAGAGAGAGAAUUAGACUGAGACCAAAAUAAAAUGAGGGUAAAUAUCGGAGCCAACCUUCAUGGUGGAGGGAGACAAAGGGUUGAAAACCAACCCAGAGUUAGCUACAACACUCCUUGAUUUGUUUACUUUUAAUUAAAAAAUUAACAGCUGAGAUACGGUUACAGUAUUACUGGUGAUGGCACAAAUGUCAUAUUAUUCUGUAGCUUGAUGCAGCACUGUAAAAAAGUUGUAGCCAGAUGGUGAUUCAUUUUAACAUUACCUGCUAACUCAAUCUCAGUACAAUUAUUCAUUCAUACCAACAUUUAUUUGUCCCAAUGUAUUUUUUUUGGAUCAGACAGGAAAGGAAAUUAAAGUAUUCUUAAUCAAAAGGCUCAUGCCAAAAGAAAAUCACGAAUCAUUGGCAUAAUAGACUCAAUUCCCUUGUCUUGUAAAAUUUUAUGACAUUGACACUAACAUUUGGGAUUUGAUUUAAAGUCAUGUGAACUGAAGUCAACACAACUCAAAAUAAUUUUUUCAGAGGGGAAGGUUAGGUGAGAUAGCUUAGAUAUGUGUUCAGUAGGGAUACUGUACAUUUUGCACAAAUAAUGUUUGAAUAAUGUUGCAGAGAGCGACCAGGGAGGGGAACAAGAGUAAAGCCACAUGGAAGGUUCAUGGAUGUAGUGAAGCAAGAUACAUAGAAAGUCAACAGGACCAAGGAGAUUGGUAGAGAGAGAGCAAGAUGGAGGCAGAAAAUCCACUUUGCUGCCCUAAGAGUAGCAGUAAAACAAAAACCACUACAGCUGCAUUUCUUUGCCUUAAUCCAAAUCACAGCAGAAAAAAACACAUCCCACUUAAUUUCAAAUGUUUCAAUAACUGUUCACUCUACGGUAAGAGCAAUUAGCAGGAUUUACAUGAAAAUACAUUUGCAGCCAUAUGAAUCUCCAAGAAAUAUUCAACUGUUGGUUUUUGGUGUUAAGAGCAAGUGUAAAACAUGUUGUGAUUUCAAUAAAAGCAACUUUCUGUGAGGUGUUAGCAGACUCAAACAGCAGCAGCCCAAAAAGCUAUAAUAUAAGAACACAGUAAGAGGAUUACAUUGGCUCUUAUUGGGCUGGCCUGUUUCUUGUGCCCAAUGCAGGGUGGUAUAACUAUCCUGGAGUAAGAGGAAACAUACACAGCUUUUCAAACAAUGGAAAGAACCAUUUCAAUUUCAGGUAGGCAAAGCCUCUUAAAAUAUGUACUAAAUAAUUACCUUUGAUCUGUAAUAAAAUACGUAGAUUGAAAGAUAAUGUUCCACUACAAAUUAAUAACUAUUUUCUUAAAUCAUUAAAUAUUUUAAUAUUAGUGCAUUGCUCACAACCAAAGUAAUGAGAAGAUUAAUAGAUUAUAUAUCAUGUGUUACUUUAAAAAGGGAUUUCUAAUCAAUUACGUGACGAUAAAAUAGCUGCAAUAAAACAAGACAAUGAGGAACAGCUACAAGAUAUAAAGCAGAAAUGCGUCAAAGAGCUAAAAAAUCAGCAGCAAGAACAAGAUGACAAAAUCAGAAAUCUGAAAGAGAAUCAUGAGAAACAUGUUUCAGAUCUGAAACAUGUUGAGAAAAUAAAAGAUUUAAAGCAACAGUGUGACGAUAAAAUAGGUGCAAUAAAACAAGACAAUGAGGAACAAAUCAAAGAUAUAAAACAGAAACACAUCGAGGACCUAAAAAGUCGACAACAGAACCAUGAGGAGAAAAUGAGGAAUCUGACCCAGGAUCAUGUGCAACAUAUUUCUGAUCUGAAACUGGAACAUGAUCAAGAAAAAAAAGAAAUGCUGCAAAAGUGUGACGAUAAAAUAACUGCGAUAAACCAAGACAAUGAAAAACAGCUACAAGAUAUAAAGCAGAAAUGUGUAAAAGAGCUAAAAAAUCAGCAGCAAGAACAAGAUGACAAAAUCAGAAAUCUGAAAGAGAAUCAUGAGAAACAUGUUUCAGAUCUGAAACUGGAAUAUGAAGAGAAAAUCAAAGAUUUGAUGCAACAGGAUGAUGAUAAAUAUAAUGUAUUCUAUCCUUUUGGUCUGCUUGAUACUGUCUUCAGUAUUUAAUGUUUAAUCACAAAUACAACAGUUUAUAAACAGCAUGUAAGAAAAGUUGAAGCAUCUAUUUUCUAUCAUUUAAUUUUUCUAAUGACCAAUAACCUUGUACCCUGACAAUAAUAAUUCAUUCAUAGUGGAGAAAUAUUGUGUAUUUGUGUAUAUAAACAAUUCAAUAUAUUGCUGAAUAUAUUUUCCUAAGACAGUACAAUAAACAGUAAUGUGACAUUUAACUUUAAUCUUUUCAAUUCUCUACAAUUAAAUACAAAUAAAGUAAAACUUACAAAUCAAAUACAACAUGUACAUUUUUGUUUUCAAUAGUAAUUUUCAGUUUGUUCCUACUUAAUAAUUGAAAUUCAUUCAAAAAUGAUUAAAUAAAAUGUAACA